UUCGCACACAAAGGCUAAUUGCUCAUAAGUCAAACUGUUGAGGAAUUAGACAAAAAAUAUCCGUGAAACAUGUUCGAUAUGUGUAUAUUAAAAAUUGUGGUUUUAAUGGCUGCCAUUAAAACUAUUAUUGGUGUAGAUGAUAGCCUGCUCUUCACAGUAACUAGAGCACCACGAUACUUCGGAAUCCUUCAGGAUCAUAGAGGACAGCCGCUCUCCGUUGAAAUUUCUGAAGAAUAUAUGGACCAAGACUACAUUGCUACAAACAGAAAGCGGCAUAAAAUCGAUUGGCAUAAGAAUCCUUUAGACAUGGACGACUUUGAUGAUGAUGAAACAGAGGAAGUAUUUGAUGAUAAAGACAAAGAUGUAAAGAUACCUAACAAAUUUAAUUUACAAGCCGGUCCAGUAUAAACAUGU